AUGAUUUCUCAAACCAUUCAUGAACUUAUUGAGACUGAUCCAUUCACACACAUCUCAACCAUCUUAGCCCAUAUAAAGUUCACAAUGGGUUAUAUAAUCAGCUAUAGAAAGGGAUGGUUAGGGAAACAAUAUGCCAUUGAGAAUAUCUUUGAAAAUUGGGAGGAGUCAUACCAUAAGUUACGUAGACAGUUGCUUGCAAUGCAACUGUAUGUUCUGGGCUUCAUAUGGAAAUUGAGUACACAACCAGCAUACAACGGUGGCUUGCUUGACGAGGGGAAUGUCUUCUUCAAGAGGUUAUUUUGGACCUUCAAGGAAUGCAUUGAUGGUUUUUCCUUCUGCAAACCAAUUGUUCAAGUGGAUGGUACAUUUUUUACUGGCAAAUACGAAGGGACUUUAUUAGUGGCAGUUGCACAAGACGGCCGCAACAACAUAAUUCUCAUUGUUUUUGCUGUGGUUGAAGGUAAAACUAGCAAUACAUGGUUCUUUUUUUAA